UGCUUUAAUUUUUGCUGCUUUGAGUUUCACAGCGAACAUACAAGAAAGAAGAGCUUAAGCUUUUGUUGCUUUCUGCUUAAUGGAGUCUUCCCUUUUCUCUCUCCUCUCUUCAUACAAACAACCCUUUCAUCUCUUCUUCAUUUUCUACUGAUUACUUUGAUCUCCGUUAACAAAUCUAAUUCCAUAACUCGAAUUUUAAGUAGUUAGAACUUGUGGGGCAAGAUUUGGGAAAAGUUGAUAUAAGAGGGUAAUUUUAAGAACUUGAUUCUGAUGUCUCCCCCAUUAAUGGGUGUUGAGGGGGGAGGGGAAAGCAAUGAUCAUACACUGGUGCCUUCUCUGGCGAGUGUGGAUUCAGGACUAAAAGAGCACAACUAUUUCGGGCUGUCGGACUGUUCUUCUGUUGACAGCUCGAAUGUAUCGGGUUUGUCUGAGGACAAUAAGGACAGUCUGAACUUUAAGGCUACUGAGCUAAGGCUUGGACUUCCCGGGUCUCAGUCUCCUGAAAGAGACUCGAAUCUCUGCCUGUUAAGUACCUCGAUACUCGACGAGAAGUCGUUGUUCCCUUUAACUCCUUUGAAGGAUGGGAUAUCCUCAUCUUCACAAAAGACUGCUGUCUCUGGAAGUAAAAGAGGCUACUGUGAUACUGAAGCUAAUUGGACCUUUAAGUCACAAGGGCAUGAUUCUGAUGCUCCUAAACCAGGUGUUCAGGUGAAGGUUCCAACUAUUGAUGGCAUGAAUUCGAUGUUAUCACCGAGGCCUGCGGCCCCACAAGCCCCACCCCAGAGCGGAGUCUCACAAGCCCCUCCAAAGGCCGUGGGGGAACUGCCGUGUUCUAACAGUGGAAAUAGAGCUCCGGCUGCUAAGGCACAAGUUGUAGGUUGGCCUCCUAUUAGAUCUUUCCGUAAAAAUACGUUGGCCACCACUGCGAAGAGUAAUGAUCCUCUUUUUAUCAAGGUUAGCAUGGAUGGUGCUCCCUAUCUGAGGAAGGUUGAUCUCAGAACUUAUGCUGCUUACCAAGAACUUUCCUCUGGUCUUGAGAAGAUGUUUAGUUGCUUCACACUAGGUCAAUGUGGAUCAAACAUGACUGAAACAAAAUUGAGGGAUCUCUUGCAUGGAUCAGAAUACGUUCUCACCUAUGAGGACAAGGAUGGUGACUGGAUGCUUGUUGGAGAUGUCCCAUGGGAGAUGUUCAUUGAAACAUGCAAAAGGUUGAAGAUUAUGAAGGGUUCUGAUGCAAUUGGCUUAGCUCCGAGGGUCAUGGAGAAAUCUAAGAUCCGGAAUUAGUGAUGCAGCAGCAGAUCUUCCCCUGGAAAUAUUUUAGUCUGGUAUUUCAACGUGGAAGAUAGUGGCACUCAGCAGAUUGUUUUCCACGGAAUAGCUUUUAUGUGGUUUGUAAUUCCAUGCAUCAAGUGUAUGGUGUCUUAUCAUAUCCUCUUAGUGUCUCUGUUUAAAGGCUACAAGUGUACCUUUAAACUUCUGUUAAAACUUGAUUAAGACAGCGUGGUCAUUCUGUUUUCAAACUGUGUGUAUGUUAGAGGGAGCUUUAGUUGAUUAUGUUUGACAUACUUUGUCAUAUUGCCAUAUUGGGUCUGCAAUUAUUAAAUCAAUUAUCGAUUGUUAUUAUGAAA